AUGAGCGAGGUGCCUCGGAACAUCCGGCACGUGCUGAUCGACGCCCGCCCGCUCCACCGCAACAUGAGGACGUUCGAGCCGGGCGUCCCCGUGGUGCUGCAGGACGGCCGGAAGGGCACGAUCGACUCCAAGCGGGGCCGUACGUACCGCGUGAAAUUCAAGGACGGGCCGCUGGACAAGUUCAAGAUGAUCAAGAAAGGCCGCAUCCACCUGUCCACGCUCCACACUGAAGACAUCAAGUGCCCCGGGGAGUUGCAAAAGUCCCAAGACGGUCAAACAUCAAUCCAGGGUGGAAAAUUUGCCAGGAUGGAGUGGGAGGGGUCUAGGGCCUAG